UCGCGAGAGUUCGAGUGCUAGCUAACUCAUGCUAACAGCUGCUAGCACAGUUUAUCACAAUUUUCUUUGUCGCGUCACUUUUCAGGUUUCAACCAAAACAUCAACUGUGAGUUUCUGAUGACGUGAGAUCAUCCACGGGGUUGUCAUGGUGAUGGGGAAUGACGUGUCUGUCACAUGUGUGGAUCAGCGUAGGCUAACGGGCUAGGUAGCUAACGGGCUAGCUAACCGGAAGUGGCUAAUUCUGCUGCUGAGUUUCACGCACAUCUUUGAGACUUUGUGAGAUGAGAUGAGUUAUCGUCACGAUGUCGGCCACGCAGCUCACGCAGCUCACGCACGGUGAUGUUUAGACUCUCUGGUCUUUACAGAGAGAUACGCAGGACGGUCUGCUGCGCCGCGGGGGGGAUGGCGAAGGGAACGUUCUACUACGCGGUGAAGAAGGGAUUCAAACCCGGAGUCUACAAGUCCUGGGAUGAGUGUAAGAGUCAGGUGGACAAGUUCCCAGCUGCGUCUUUCAAGAAGUUCGCCGCAGAGCGAGACGCGUGGGCGUUCGUCCGCGGGGUGGAGCUCACCCCCCUGCCGGAGGUCAAGAGCGCGGCGCAGAGUUUUGAGCCGGCGCUCUCCCUGCUGCCUAAACGAGGACCCGAGCCUCUGGAGUACAUCCCCCUGGGGAGGAAGAGACCCCACGCACCCGAGGAGCUGGAGUCCCCCCCCAAACGAGUCAAAGAGACCGAAGGUUCCUCCUCACAAAACCCAGAUGGAUUCACACACAUGGGUGACGCUGUGGUCGUUUACACCGACGGCUGCUGCACGUCAAACGGAAAGGUCGGCGCCCGAGCCGGCAUCGGAGUCUACUGGGGUCCCAACCACCCGCUAAACGCUGCCGAGCGACUUCACGGGAGACAAACCAACCAGCGGGCGGAGCUACGGGCCGCCUGCAAAGCUCUGCAACAAGCUAAAGAGAAGAACAUCAAGAAGUUGGUUGUUUACACCGACAGCAAGUUCACAAUCAACGGUGUGUCUCCUGCAGGUGUCACCAAGUGGGUGAAGAACUGGAAGCUGAACGGCUGGAGACUGAAAUCUGGAGGAAAAAUCACCAACAAAGACGACUUUGUGAUUCUGGACCGGCUGAACGCAGAGCUGGAGGUGGUCUGGCUGUAUAUUCCAGGUCACGCCGGCUACACAGGCAACGAAGAGGCCGACAGACUUUCCAAAGAAGGAGCCGCGAAGCCUCUGGAGCAGCAAGACGUGGACGACACUGACGAUUUGGAUUAAACGGAGUCGGAUCACGUGCGUCUGGUUUAUCGGGUUUGGACAUUUUUGGGUUUUCCUGUGAUGAACCCAAAAACUCAGAGGAGGGGAGUGUGUGUUGUGUGUUGAAUGUUCUGUUCUUAAUAAAGUUCCACUGUAAACAAAGUCA